AUGUCCAAUUGGAAAGAUACUUUCAUAAACAUGAAACCACCGAGCUGGUCACAGAUCAUUGUGAUAUUAUUUGAUGAAUACAAAAAGAACUCUUACAAUUUUACUAAAAACCACCUCUCCAUAUGCCAUACCAUCCCCAAAAACCCCACCAAAGA